AAUAAGAUCAUAUCUCAUCUCAAUCCUGCUAAUUCAAGGUGUGCAUCAAGCUUCUUCAUCUAAAAGUUAUUCAUCAAAGAAGCGUGUAUGGCCGAUGCUGCUUCUUACAUGUGUGUUUCUAUUAUUUUGGGGAGCAGCCUCGAGGCCUCUCCCACUCCCAACCAACACGCUGAUCAACCGAACCCAAAUGGAAGCCUGGUUCCGAGCCUACGCCCCGUACGUUUAUCUCCACCCCGACGAUAAAUACCACCCCUCUUCGGUGGAUUGGUUUUUCAGCAACGGCGCAUUGCUCUACAACAAAGAGGACAAGUCUAAGCCCGUCCGGAUUGAGCCGGGUGGCGCGAACCUCCCUAAGGGAGGAGAUCCGGAUGACGGCUUGUACUGGAUGGACCUCCCGAACGAGAAGGAAGCCCAGGAAAAGGUUAGACGCGGGGAUAUAGCAAGCGCAGAGGCGUACGUCCACUUCAAACCGGCCGUUCUCAACGGGGCAUUCACAGAUAUUCAGGUGUGGAUGUUUUAUCCUUACAACGGCCACGCGACUGCGAAAAUAGGGUUUAUUAACAAAUUGGCGUUGGGGAAAGUCGGCGAGCACGUGGGGGACUGGGAGCACGUGACGCUGAGAGUGAGAAACGUGGAUGGAGUUCUUGACAGAGUGUAUUUCUCCCAACACAGUGGGGGGAAAUGGGUUAAUGCUUCUGAGCUGCAGUUUCAAAAUCAAACGGAGAAACGGUUCGCAUGGUAUUCUUCGAGGAACGGGCACGCUGGAAAUAACGAGGAGGGGCUGUUUCUGCAGGGGCCCGGCGGGAAUGAUGUCGGGAUAAGGAAUGAUUGGGCCAAGAGCGACAAGGUGGUGGAUACAGGGGCGAGGUUCGUGGUGGUGGCAUCCGAGGGGGAGGCCGUGGAGGAGCCGCCGUGGUUGAACUAUGAGAGGAAGUGGGGGCCCACAGUGCAGUAUGAUACGGCGGCGGAGGUGAGGGACGCGAGGAAUUUGCUUCCCGGGAAGUUGAAGGACACCUUGGAUAAAUUGGUGAAGGUGAUUGAUCAAGUUUUUGGGAAAGAUGGGCCCACGGGACCCAAGUCUAAAGAUUCUUGGACUGGUGAUGAAAAAUAGAGAUAGAGUUGUAUGUUAGUGCGUGUGCUGACUUAGUAAUAGAAUAAUUGAUAAUA